UUCUCGACUUCACCAUACCGAGUCUCGAAAUUCGGGAAAAAACAGUUUUAUAGGAAGCCAGGAAAAGUUGCUAACAAAAUGAGCAAAAUAACGAAUUACAACGAAGUGUCAAAAUCCUACGACUCCACCAGAGAAGCCGCUGACGCUCACAUACUAAAAAGUAUGAUGGAGAACUUUACAGGGAAGACUGUCAAGGAAAUGGAUAUAAUCGACAUCGGUUGUGGAACAGGGAACUACGCAGACUAUUUUCUCCAGUUUGAACCACGAAGCCUGACCUUGAUAGAUGCCAGUGAAGGCAUGCUUUCUAAAGCAAAAGCAAAACUGCCACCAGGCCUUCCGAAAACGAGGCUCUCAUUCAAACAAGUCGUGCUGCCCGAUAUGCCAUAUGAAGAUAACCAUUUCGAUGCUGCGAUGAUAAAUUUGGUUUUACAUCAUUUAGAAAAAAAUCCUGAUGGGAAGUCUUUUCCAGUUGUCUCCAAAACGUUGAAGGAGGUCUAUCGUAUACUUAAACCAGGAGGGGUUCUAACCAUUAUUUCUGUGACACCAGAGCAACUGGGUGCAAAUUGGUUUUCGCACCUCGUGCCGGAAAACACACAGCGAUGGCAUAAACGAUUACCUAGUCACAAACAACUGAAAGCUUGCUUGGAAGAGGCUGGCUUUUCACUCAAAUCGGCUUUCACAACAUUAAUGGCGUCAUAUCACCCAGACCAUGCCAACCCGGAGGGCCCAUUGAGUGAAUCAUGGAGAAACAGUAUAUCGUUUUGGGGGACUUGUACAGAGUCGGAAAUUCAAGAGAUGAUACAGAACGUAACUAGAAUGAAGAGUGAAGGAACUCUUCAAGAAUUCUAUGAAACGCACGAGAAAAUUGACACUUUGGGGGCGUUGGAAAUGUUAGCAGCUAGGAAGGAUAUAGUUGAAAAUACCGACGCAAUGAGCAAAAUAGAGAAUUACGAUGAAGUUUCAAAAUCGUACGACUCCACGAGAGGGGCCACUGAUGCUUAUAUAGUAAAGGGUAUGAUGGAGAACUUUACAGGGAAGACCGUCAAGGAUAUGGAUAUGAUUGACAUCGGUUGUGGAACAGGAAACUAUGCAGACUAUUUUCUCCAGUUUGAGCCACGAAGCCUGACCUUGAUGGAUGGCAGUGAAGGAAUGCUCGCGAAGGCGAAAGCAAAACUGCCGUCUGACCAUCCGAAAACAAGACUGUCAUUCAAACAAGUAGUUUUGCCUGAUAUGCCAUAUGAAGAUAAUCUUUUCGAUGCCGCAAUGAUAAAUUUGGUUUUACACCAUUUAGAAAGAAAUCCUGAUGGGAAUUCAUUUCCAGAGGUCUUCAAAACAUUGAAGGAGGUAUAUCGUAUCCUCAAGCCAGGAGCGGUUCUAACGAUUACUACAGCGACACCAAAUCAAUUGAGUGGAUAUUGGUUAACGCAUGUCAUGCCGGAAAACACACAACGAUGGCAUAAAAGAUUACUUAGUCACAAACAACUGAAAACCUGUUUGGAAGAGGCUGGCUUUUCACUCAAAUCGGCUUUCACAGCAUUAAUUCCGUCACACUUCCCUGGUUAUGACAACCCUGAAAGCAUAUUAAGUGAAGACUGGAGAAAAAAUUCAUCGUUUUUUGGAACCUGUACCGAAGCGGAAAUUGAAGAAGCGAUACGGAAUGUAACGCGAAUGAAGAAAGAAGGAACCCUUCAGGAAUUCUAUGAAACACACAAUAAAAAAGAUACCUUUGGAGUAGUGGAAAUUUUAGCAGCUAGGAAGGAAAUAAAUUGAAGAUAUGAAGGCAUUGGUGUUUUUAUUUUGUCAAUGGAUUUCUCAUGGUUAAAAAGAUGAUUGUCCAAAGCUUAAACCUGCAGUUAUUACAGAAAUAAUUUUGCAAUAUGAUUAUCUUAAAAAAGGGGGCAUGUGUACAUUACCCGUAAUUCUGCACGGAAAUAAAAAUUAACUGAUAACAACAACAACAAACGUAGUAAUGUAAAACUUCUUGUCGCACUAGACAUCAUGAUUCGAACUUUUUACAGUAACCCAUGCUUUGUCUAUUGUUUACAUUUCUCGAUGGAGACACUGUGAGGUUCAAGUGACAUUUCACCUAGUCCAUGCUUAAAUAAAAUGUACAGAAGAGUUUAAUUAUGAAAUAUAGAUAUAAGGAAUAAUUGUUUUGGUCGUUUGUUCUACGAAGGAUAAGAAAGCAAUGGCUGCAAUGGAGUAAAGGAGUAUAGCGCACUUGGUAUGCAAUUUCGCCUACAUAAAUGCUUUUUUCUUUAAUAUCAUGUUUUACAAAUAUUCUGCUAUGCAAUGUCAGUUUAUACUUGUGUUUAUUCAAAUUACUUAAUAAAGAUAUCUAUAUGUU